CUGCAACCUGUGCGCAUGGCACGCAGCGGACCGAUAUCGAGUCGAAGGCGGCGUUUUGGCUGCACGGUGACGUUUUAAGGCAGGUCCUGGUCAAACCUACCAAUGAUACAAGUCGGUCCUAUUCUGCUGGGACUGAUCGCAAUGAGCGGGUGUCGGAGCUCUGCACGGCAAAGGAGCAACCACAGCGCGACGCGGCGAUCAGGGGGAUGCGGCAUCGGUACGCGGGAGCUGUCCAUCAGCACCAGAGCCCCGACGAGAAGCCAGGAGACAGCAAGCAGAGCCGAGACCAAGUCGCUCCUGUUUUCAGCCUGCCGCCCCCGCCCUCUUCCCACCACCGAGACCGCACUUCGACCGCCGCCGCGCACCGCCAGAGCCUCCAGGAGCUGCCCUGUCUGAGCCAGCCCUCUCGGAGACCCGUUCACAGCGGAGACCCUCUGCCUCUGGCGAGCUACGACACCAGCCAGCGACCUUCACACCGGGGCGCUGGACCCGGCACCGGCACCGGCAUCGGGCAGCCGGCGCACCUGCAGCAGGAUCCCUGGGCCCCGGCCGGCUCCCAGCAGCAGCAGCCGCCGCCGCCGCCGCCGCCGGAGCCGCAGUCGGAGAAGCAGCCCGUUUUUCCGAGCUGCCACUGCAGCUUUUCCGAGCGGGAGGCGAGCCUCUCUCCAAAUCAGCCCCAUCCUGUCGAUCGUCUCCCACCGCAGCCCUCCCCACCUUACCCACCGCCUAUACCGCCGCCGCCAGCGGCGUCCUCCUCCUCUCUGCUCUUUUCCCGGGGAUCCAAGCGGGAGAAUCGCCUCCGGAGGAGCGACAAUAAUUACCAACAACAACAGGCGAGCAUCGUGGAACGCUGCAGGGGAGGAGGAGGAGCAGGAGGGCACCGAGACCACAGGCAGUUGUUGCAGCAGCAGCAGCAGCAGCAGCAGCAGCAGCAGCAGCAGCAGCACUGUCAUUUAAGACUCCAACAGAGGGACCCCUCCCCUGAAGGAAUCCGUGCAAACUCCCAGAAAGGGCGCUCUUUAAAUGUAUGUGAGUCAACCGAGGCUAGGAGAGCAUUCGAGUCUCAGACUCAGGACCUGCAGCAGCAGCAGCAGCAGCAGCAGCAGCAGCAGCAGCAGCUGCAGCAGCAACAGAUCCCUCAAUUACGGGCGCAGCAACAGAUCCUGGUGGGGAGCAGCCUGCCUAUCAACCACUGCGCCAGCGGCUCGGGAGAGCUAUGUAGGACUCACCAGGCUCCACUGCUGCAGCAGCCAGGCGCACCGGGGCUCUGUCCCCAGCGUCCGCAGCACUGUGAACAAGACCGCAAUAAGUCUGGGAGGAUCGGCGCGCCAGGCGACCGCAGCCGCGACUCGCGCGUAUUGACACAGCGGGCGACCGCGGGGAACUCGUCCGCGACCGGCAGCAGCAGCAGCAAAGGCAGCCCCAACUACGGCUCCAGCUAUCACCUGUGGCCCGAGAGCCCGCAUAAAGGAGAGGAGAGGAUACGCAUCGACCCCCAUAAGGCCACUACUGAGCAGAAGAAGCUGAGCCAUGCUGGAUCCAAGCCCUCCCUCUCUGAGAGCUGUGGCCGACUCCCUCAGAUAGCCAUGAACACCUGCAAGUUCAAUGGCGGCGUGGUGAGACCACUAGUGGGCAGCCUGGCGUCCUCGUCGCGCCGCAACCUCGCGGAGCUCGACUCGGAGACGCAGCCCUUGCAGACGCUGCACAGCUCCGGCCUGGAGGUGGUGGUGUCCAAGGGCAACGGCGGCGAAGACCCCAGCAAGGCGUCCAACGAGAGCCUGGUCCGGGAGGGCAGCCGGCGCAGCGGGGGCAGGGCUCCCCAGAAGAAGAACAGGGACAUUGGCUACAAGCUCGGCCACCGGAGGGCGCUGUUCGAGAAGCGGAAGCGGCUGAGCGAUUACGCGCUCAUCUUCGGGAUGUUUGGGAUCGUCGUCAUGGUGACAGAGACGGAGCUGUCAUGGGGGGUUUACACUAAGGAAUCUUCAUACUCAUUUGCACUGAAAUGCCUUAUCAGCCUUUCCACUGUUAUAUUGCUUGGACUUAUAAUAAUGUACCAUGCCCGGGAAAUCCAGCUCUUUAUGGUCGACAACGGUGCGGACGAUUGGAGGAUAGCCAUGACUUAUGAGCGGAUCUUCUUCAUCGUGCUGGAGCUGCUGGUGUGCGCCAUCCACCCCAUCCCGGGCCAGUACGUCUUCACGUGGACGGCGCGGCUGGCCUUCACCUACACGCCGUCGGUGGCCGACGCGGACGUGGACAUCAUCCUCUCCAUCCCCAUGUUCCUGAGACUCUACCUGAUCGGCAGGGUCAUGCUGCUCCACAGCAAGCUGUUCACGGACGCGUCGUCCCGCAGCAUCGGCGCCCUCAACAAGAUCAACUUCAACACGCGCUUCGUCAUGAAGACCCUCAUGACCAUCUGUCCGGGAACGGUCCUGCUGGUGUUCAGUAUAUCCUCCUGGAUCAUUGCUGCAUGGACUGUGCGUGUCUGCGAGAGGGAUACCAUGUAUCAUGACAAACAGGAAGUGACCAGUAACUUCCUGGGAGCCAUGUGGCUCAUCUCGAUCACCUUCCUCUCGAUUGGCUACGGGGACAUGGUGCCGCACACGUACUGCGGGAAAGGCGUGUGUCUGCUCACAGGGAUCAUGGGAGCUGGCUGCACUGCGCUGGUGGUUGCAGUGGUGGCCAGAAAGCUGGAGCUGACCAAGGCUGAAAAACACGUCCACAACUUCAUGAUGGACACACAACUCUGCAAACGAGUAAAGAACACAGCUGCCAAUGUACUCAGGGAAACAUGGCUCAUUUACAAACACACCAAGCUGGUCAAGAAGAUAGAUCACGCCAAGGUGCGGAAACACCAGCGCAAGUUUCUCCAAGCCAUUCACCAAGCUCAGAAACUGCGCAGUGUGAAGAUGGAGCAGAGGAAACUCAAUGAUCAGGCGAACACCUUGGUGGACCUGGCGAAGACCCAGAAUGUGAUGUAUGACCUGGUGUCAGAGCUGCAGGAGCGCAGCGAGGAGCUGGACAAGCGCAUCGGCACUUUGGAGGACAAGCUGGACUCGGUGACGGGCAGCCUGCAGGCGCUGCCCUGCCUCAUCUCCCAAGCCAUAACCCAGCAGCAGCAGGACUUCCUGGACGGCUUUGUUCACCGCUUUCGGCCCGCCUCGCUAGCCUCGGAGCGCUCCGAACGCUCCGAGCGAUCCUGGACUUCCACCGCCCGCAGGCGGCGCUCGCCCUCCACGGCACCGCACACCUCCUCCGACAGCGGAUAACCCCGACAGACCCUCCCCUUCAGCUCCGGGCGCCACCUUCCCCCCCACCCCUGAAAACCCAUCUGCUGGCGAGUCCGCGUCUGGACUAAUAAACCCACCUCCGGACCCGAUCCCCGUCCUUCCCCGCUCCUCCAUACCCAAACGAAAAAAAAAAAAAAAAAAUCCAAAAACCAAUUUCUCUGUGACUGAGCCUCUCAGCACAGGCUGGAUCAGAGCUACUCGUAAAGAACAAAGAAAAGACUAAAAAUCGAGAAAAAAAAACACGCAAAUGCAUCCGAAAAAAGAAAAAGAGAAAAAAAUUCAAACUGAAAAACCGAGAUAAAGUAGAGAUAUGGUUUAUGUUUUAGCCAUUGUAUGGCUGUUCAAGUUAGCUUUUUUGUAAAAGCCCUUGUAUAGUUAAAAAAA